AUGUUGUCGAGGAACUCCGCCAGUUCACGUGUGUGCCUGCAGGAACAUCUGCAGACGGCCGCCUUCGUUGAUGCGGUGAGUCAUUCCUCUCGCAUCUUGCAGGCCAUGUCCCCCAUGAUCGUUGGAUUCGUGCGCCUACGCGAUUGGUUGUAUGGCGGGGAGUUCAAUGGAGAAGGCCUAGAUGUGGUCCAGAAUUGGAACACAUCGGAGGAGUUCUUGCAGGGAGCUGAGCAGGUCUACCGGCAUGCUCUCGGUGUGGCCUUGGCACCUCCGAGUUCAGAAGAAUCCGAUAUUGUUCUUGUGCACCGCGCACGGGAAUGGCUCGAGGACCAGCGAAAACUGCGCUGCCGUGAUUUUGCUGAUGCCGAGUCCUUCGAGCUCACUGAUGUGAUUUUUGUGCAGUCAUCUGACCAAUCCGGCUCCAUCCUGGCAGUGCAAGUUGAUACAGCAACAACCUUCAGGGACUCUUCCCGAUGGUGGCGGCCUCGAUCAGAGAAGCACGUGGAGCUAAUCCACAGGAGUCAGGCAAUGGAGACGAGUCCUUCAUGCCAGCCGGCGGACCCUGGUCCCGCAAGUUCGAGCGUGAUGGGAGUCUCCGAUGACAAAGCCUGCGCCGAAAGAGCAGCUUGCAAGGCAGCGGACACUUCUAGUUCCGACGACUUGGAGCAGAACCAGAAUGCCUGGUAUAUUAAGCAGCAGAGCGAAGGUCACUCAUCCACAUCUGCUACCCGGACGCCUCCGUUGACCGCCGAUACGCAGGUGGAAUCGAAUGGUUCCCGAGGAUCCAGAAAUUCUGCAGACUCGGUGGCGGCACGCGUCAAUACCAAUUCAGGGACAUCAGAUGACAGCAGCAACAGAGGCAAAAACGAGACACGUCUCGAUGCGGCGCGAGCAAUGAGAGGAGCAAUGCACCGCGACUUGUCCUCGUCGUCUUCUUCGGACUUCGAGUUCUUCGACAUUCCCGGCCUCGACUCGGACAGUGCUGGCAGCGAGCCAGCUGGGUCUCAGGCAGAGGAUUCUGCUGAGCCAGCGCAGAACAGUAUGGCCGCCCACCUGAACGGCACUUGCAAGCCCUGCC